AGACAUGGCCACAGGUAGGACUGUCCUUCUCAAAGCUAAUUUCCCCUUUUCAGACUUUUUCCUUUAAAUUAAAUAUUUAUAGUGAUGCAUCUGACAGAAAACUGCAUUAAUUAGAUAUGUAUUUGGGAAGUUACCUUUUAAUCACAGGGUUGGCUAGUCUAAAACCUGCAUUUUAAUUGCAUUAAAGCUAAAAGUGACCAUAACAUUGACAAUAAGGCCUGAAACUAUUUGAUUCCACAAACACAUUGGCAAAGUCAUAUUUGAGGCAGCAAAAAGAGAGCAAUCGAUUGUUUUUUGUUGUUUUUACAGACUUCUUACAGUCAGGCUAUUGCUGAGCAUAGACAGUAGAAUCUUUUGCUUCAUCUGUUUUUGAAAAUAAUUUUCAGUCACAGACCAUCCAAAAAGAUUUAGUAAAUAUCAUGAGAAUUUUAUCAACUCAAGGUAAAGGUUACCAGCUUCUGAAUGUGGAACCACACAAGACAUCAUUCUGCUCCUACAAUGUUGCCUCCUGAUGUUCAUCCUGGAACUGAGUACACCGGUGAAUUGGAUUUACAAUGGAGUAAAGUCAACAGCAGCCAGAGAGGGCAACUUGCUAAAUUUUCAAUAUGAAGUUAGAACCAGUGCUGUGGACAUUUUUACUCACGGGCUGGUGUUUCCAUUAUCCCAGUGCUGACUUUGUGGACUUAAAUGAAAACACUAAAGUUGAACUGCAGGAUGCACAAGAGUCCAAGAAAAAUAUGUUUGACAAGAACACCCGGAAACCAAGGGAUUUACCUGACAUGCAGAUGGAGUCAAACUGGAAUGUACCUGACUUAAACCAGGGUACCUAUGAAGAUGCUGACUGGCACCCGUCUGCCUCAAUCCUAGAAGCGUUUUCUGACCUGAAUCCUGAUGCCCCAACAGUCAUACAGAUCGACAGUGCAGGUGGUGUGGACAGUAGCACUAACCAAACUUUCAACCAGACACAUUGUGGAGAGUACAGCAGCCAGCUGAUGCCUAAUGGACAGUGUCGCCUGAUGGCAACUCUGCCUCGUGUGGGAAUGACAGAAAAACGCUGUCCGGACAUGUUUCGCUGCACAGAUGAGAUUUCAUUCUGGCUUCAAGAGAACCAAAACAGAAAGCAGCAGCUUGAGGAGCUGAGGGAGACAAUGUCUGAGCUGCAGGAGGAGGUGAGGAACCACCGGCAUCGAGUCAAGGCCCUGGAGAUGCAGGGUGAAGACAGCGUCAGAUGGAACUCAACCGUGGGCCAUCGCUUGCAUUUCUUGGAGCUGCGCCACGCAGAGGCCGACACGCUGCUCCAAGUGCACGCAGCGCUGCUGUAUGAGCUGCAGGCGCAGCUUCGCAACCUGUCAGCCACCAUGCAGCACAUGAGUCGCAGCAGCAGCUGCACAAUCAAUGUGAUCAAGGCCACGCCGCCUCUCAGCAUGAGAAACACACUGGCACCAGGUGGACAGUACCUGUCUUUCUGUCCAUCAGACUGUACAUCUCUGUAUCACAAUGGUGUGCGUCGUUCAGGAGUUUACACCAUUGUUAUGUCACCAGGCACCACUUUUCCUGUUUACUGUGACAUGGAGACAGAUGGUGGAGGCUGGACUGUAUUUCAGCACAGGCGUGACGGCUCAGUCAGUUUUAAUCGUGGCUGGGCCGAAUACCGAGAUGGUUUUGGUGAAGCACGAGGAGAACAUUGGCUGGGCAACCAUCAUGUUCACCUGCUGUCCAACCAGGGUCACUACAGCCUUCGCAUUGACAUGCAGGACUGGAGCCACGCCCACAGGCACGCCCUGUAUCAGUCUUUCAGGAUAGACAAUGAAGAAAACCAGUAUCGCCUUCAUGUUUCUGGUUUCAGUGGAACAGUGGAGGAUUCCUUCGGCUGGUAUCACGACCAACACGGUUUCAGCACACCAGACACGGGGAACAUCUGUGCUGAGAUCAGUCACGCCGGCUGGUGGUUCCACCAAUGUUUCUACACCAACCUCAAUGGAGUUUACUACAAGGGCGGCCGGUACUCUUUGAGGGCCCACAACUUGCUGGGGCCAGAUGGCAUCGUCUGGUUUUCCUGGAAGGAUUCAGACUUCUACUCUCUGAAGGGGGUCACCAUGAUGAUUCGGCCGCAAAGUUUCAGAAGUCUGUCGCCAUAGUGACAGGGCAUUUUCAUUGCUGGUUUUUAAGAAAACUGCCAAAUGUACUGACACUGCCAAUAUAUUAUUACUGCUAAAAAUAAUCCCUUGGCAUGCUUGAUUUUUCCUUUAAAAUUCAUUUCUUCAAAUUUACAGGGGGCAGUCUGUUCUAAAUUAAAUAAGUAUCUAGCCGUUCUUAAGAUUUACCAAGAGGUUUCAUUUCGUAGACGGGUUUUCUGAAUGACCCAUGUUGGUUUUAUGGAGAGAUGCUUACCUGUUUAUUUUAAUUUCCAUGCCAAUAACCAGAAUUAUUUAAUUACAGUGGCUUCACUGCUUAAACAAUAACUGCCAAGAUUUAGACUAUGAAUGUAUACUUUUGGUUACCUAACUUCUUACCUGGCUGCAGUUUAAUGAACAGAUCAGACACAGUUAUGAAUUUGUAAAGUACAUUAAGUUUUUUUUUAUUAUUGAGGUAGGGUGUAAAGUUUAAGCUUAGCAGAUACAUUUUGACUUCUGUUGAAUAAAUUGAAGAAUUUCUGUGCAUGAUGCUUGAAAUACACCACUGCCACACACCAACCUGA